CAUCUUCUGGCCAAUCAGCGGAUGGUAAAUAUUUCCGUUGAGGUCCGCUUCAAGUCGAAGCGGUAGUGGCUUGUGUGAACGGUUUUCAAGCGUUUAUUUUUGUACUUAUUUAGCUCCAAUAAUGCCGUAUGCUAACCAGCCGACGGUGAAAAUCACGGAACUGACGGACGAAAAUGUCAAAUUUGUCAUUGAAAACACUGAUUUGGCUGUUGCCAACUCUAUCCGCCGUGUCUUCAUGUCAGAAGUGGCCACUAUAGCAAUUGACUGGAUCCAAAUCGAUGCAAAUUCUUCAGUACUGCAUGAUGAGUUCAUUGCACACAGGGUUGGUCUCAUACCUCUUACAAGUGAUGACAUCGUGGACAAAAUGCAAUAUUCCAGGGACUGUGCUUGUGAUGAUUUUUGUCCAGAGUGUUCUGUCGAGUUGACGCUUGAUGUUCGAUGUACUGAGGACCAGACGCGUCAUGUCACCUCACGUGACCUUCUGUCCAACAACCCCAGAGUCAUCCCGGUGACCUCCAGGAGUAGAGACAAUGAUCCCAAUGACUACGUUGAACAAGAUGACAUUUUGCUGGUUAAGCUACGUAAAGGUCAGGAACUGCGGCUCAGAGCGUACGCCAAGAAAGGCUUCGGUAAGGAGCACGCCAAGUGGAACCCGACAGCAGGGGUUUCCUUCGAGUAUGACCCAGACAACGCACUGAGGCACACGGUGUACCCACGACCAGAGGAGUGGCCAAAGAGUGAAUACUCCGAGAUUGAGGAGGAUGAGGUUCAGGCCCCCUAUGACCCCAAUGGAAAGCCAGAAAGGUUCUAUUACAACGUGGAGUCGUGUGGCUCUCUGCGACCAGAGACUAUCGUCAUGUCAGCGCUGGCCGUCCUCAAGAAAAAACUGAGUGACCUGCAGACUCAACUGAGCCACGAGAUCCAGAGCGACGUGCUCACCAUCAACUGAGGGCCGCCGCCUAAUGGAGCAGGACCUGCAUUCACACACAUCUGUAAAGAUCAUUUCACAAAUAUUGUUGAUGGAAUUAAAAUCAUCCUUCCUGGAUACAGGCCUUGGAUCUGUAUGUGUCAGUUAUCAAAGAAAAAUGUUUCAAUAUUUGAUAACAACACUCAUUAUUUGAUACACAUACUUCCAUGUACACAAUUACAGAUGAUGUGAAGUUUACUUUAAUUUACCUGGACAUGUAUUUUUGGAAUGAUUUCAACACCGGCAGUGAUUUUAACUCAAGUUGUGUGUUUGUUUGAAGCAUCUUGUGCAUGUUCAGAGCGUGAAAGGGAGUUUGUCACAGAAUCGGGGAAAAAAAAAAAAAAAGUAUUGGGCCCCUCAUCCACCCACUCCAGCACUGUACAACUAUUACAUUAUUAUGUUAAAUGUUACUUUUAAAAUAAACUUUUCUUAAGGAA